AUGGGUAUUGUUGUGGAGAAAACGGAUAUUCCGCUACAGCGUUGUCCCGAUCUGGUGAUCAAGAGCGAUACUCCAAAAGGUCGUGGCGUAUUCGCAACAAAAGACAUACCGGCGGGGGCCGUAAUAGAUGUCUGCCCUGCUUUAGUCUUAGGGUCGGAAGAGAAUAAGACCCAUAUUGAACAUACCUCACUUUACCACUACACAUACAACUGGCCCGUCGUAGACUCGAACGGCAAGACUAAGGUUGCGCAAGCUGUCAUAUUUGGCCUCGGCUCUAUGUUCAACCACUCGACACAAGAGCAAAACGUAGGAUGGGUGCGAGAUACUAGUCGCUUGUUCAUUACCUACCAAGCGCUUCGAGACAUACCCGCGGGCGAGGAGUUGUGCAUAUCAUAUGGGAGCCAUCUAACCUUUAAGGACGCUGAUAAGCCGCCUCCUACCCCACCGGAAGAGGAAAUUGAGCUACUAUGGAUGAUACAGCCAUAUUAA